CGCCCACGAUGUUCCCCGCGCCACCCUGAAAACGCAGCGGCGGCGCGGCGGGCAUGGCAGAGAUGCGACCGGGGCCAGUGACCGGGACGCAACUCAACGCGCUGCCCGACCACUCGCCUCUGCUACAGCCCGGCCUGGCCGAGCUCAGGCGCCGGGCGCAGGAGGCGGGCGUCCCGCAGACCCCACAGCCACUCACCGACGCCUUCUUGCUGCGCUUCCUGCGCGCCCGGGAUUUCGAUCUGGACCUGGCCUGGCGGUUAAUGAAAAACUAUUAUAAAUGGCGAGCAGAAUGUCCAGAAUUAAGUGCAGAUCUACACCCUAGAAGUAUCAUUGGACUUUUGAAGGCUGGCUACCAUGGAGUUUUAAGGUCCAGGGAUCCUACCGGCAGUAGAGUUCUUAUUUACAGAAUUGCAUACUGGGAUCCAAAAGUUUUUACAGCCUAUGAUGUAUUUCGUGUAAGUCUGAUCACAUCAGAGCUCAUUGUACAGGAGGCAGAAACUCAACGGAAUGGAAUCAAGGCCAUAUUUGAUCUAGAAGGCUGGCAGAUUUCUCAUGCUUUCCAAAUUACUCCAUCUGUGGCCAAGAAGAUCGCUGCUGUACUUACAGAUUCCUUUCCAUUGAAAGUUCGUGGUAUCCAUUUGAUAAAUGAGCCAGUCAUUUUUCAUGCUGUCUUUUCCAUGAUUAAACCAUUUCUGACUGAAAAGAUUAAGGACCGGAUUCAUCUGCAUGGAGACAGUUACAAAUCAACCAUAAUUCAGCACUUCCCAGACAUUCUUCCUCUGGAAUACGGUGGCAACGAGUUCUCCAUGGAGGAUAUUUGUCAGGAGUGGACAAAUUUUAUAAUGAAGUCUGAAGAUUAUCUGAGCAGCAUUUCUGAGACCAUCCAAUGAGAAGUUAUUUCCCGUGAAUGUCUUAGUCAUUAAAAAUUCAAGAAUGGGAUCCUAUCUGGUUACUAAAUUCAGAAGUAACCCUUCUAAAUGAAUUGAUGCUUAUCUGAUCUUUAAACAUUCAACAUGGAUAUCUGGGGAAUGGCUUAACUUUUCCAAUGUUCUGUUCCUUUUAUAUCAAUUAAAUGCUAGAAGAGACGUGAAGGGCAGACAUAGCUAUAUCUAAAGUACCUGUUCCAGUGUAUCUUUGUAUGGUUCGGGAAAUUUUUAUGAUCACAUUAAUACUAGACUGAACACUAGUCCACGGGAAAGAAACAUUGAGCAUAUCAGCUGAUGUGAAACAGUGUUAGUGCUCAGUUGCAGUUGGUGUCAGGUUACAUUUCAGACUGCAAUCUGCAAGCUUUAUGUUGGCAGGAUAGCUCAUCUCAGGAAAAGCCUACUUUAGCAUAUGCACACAGAAGCCUAUGAGUGGACAUCACACACUAUUAAUACUGCAAUCAAUGAAAUCACUGUGGUUGAAAAAAUUAUUUACUUUAGAAAAUAUUCUGAGCACAACUGAUGGUUUCUCAUAUAGUCUUGUAUUUGCAAAUAAGUAAAGGAUAUAAUUACGGCUUCUGUUUAUGACUUAGAUGGAAAAGUAGGGGCACAUGUCUUUUAAACAGACUGUUCAUACUUGAAAAUUUAACAGAACUACACAAGUGAAAGGAAGUGUUUACAUUUUUAACCACCAGCAGUUAUGUCUAGUAUUUUUCAGAUUAUUCAUAAAAUAACUUGAGCUUUACUAUUAUCUCAAAUAUUUUAAGUCCCACCAUUGAUGUUUAAUUUAACAGUCAGUAGCUAGGUGUGCUCUCUGUAUCACAGUGCAGUUCAUUUCUAAGGCUUUCAUUCAUUGAGAAAGGUGUACUCUAAUCCCAUAUUCAGUACAAUCUUCAAUUUCUGGCAUAAGUUUUUACUUAGUUUUUUAAAUUAAUUUUCUUUUGAACUUGAAAGAAUACAAUAUAGAGAACUUGUUGAAUUUGUGUUCAACUGUGUAGGCUUCAACAUUAAUCAUAAAGAGUAUCUGUGUAGGAUAUUUUUCAUUGUAGAGGGGUGUUUGUCUUUAUAAGAAAAUAAGUUUAAUCAGAUGAGCUGACACUUAUGAUUCUCUGUACAUAUACCUCUGAAAAAACUGAAAUGAGUGAUGUUCUUUAGAGAACGUGUCUAAUUUUGAUUUAGCAACUAGAUGCUAACUUUACUAUUUGAUUUUACUAAAAAAGAUACCUUUUUUCUUAAAAAAUUAAUGUUCUUUAUUAAAUUAUAAAAUUAAAAUUGUAUAAAAAUAAUAGAAAAUCAGUUAAAGUAAUAAUGAGUAACACAAUACCUCUGGCUUAUCAAGCUUUUAAUCGCAGAAACUCAGUCAAUCACCUUCUUUACAUGUUGCUAUUAAAUUAUUUGCCAUGACUCUGAAGCAAUGGCACAAUACAAUAAGGGUGCAUGUUUUAAAUGUCUACAUUAGUGAAGUAAUUAACAAGAAACUGGAUUUUAAAAUGUCAAUCAGUGUAAGUGCAUUCUAUGAUGGGGCUUUCAAAUGUUUAUAAAAUGAAGCAAGCCUAUGAAGACCAUCAAUGAACAAUGUGAGUAGACAGUUUGAAGGGUGCUGUGCAAAUAACUGUGGAAUUCUCCAUGCUGCUGCACUGCAUUUGUGACAGAAGCACUUUCCAAGAGGGGAACUCAAUAGGUGCUCAGUGUGUUGCUGAACUUCACAAUAAUUUGCUUUAAUAUUGUUAAAAAUAAACAUCUUUCUCAUAAA